GUCCUGCACGCAAAGCAGAAAAGCGCUGAAAGUGCGGAGCUUCACUUUGGUUCAGACACGCCGAGCAGCAGGAGGAGGUGUCGGUUUCACAUCAAGACCUGCGGGACACUCUGCUGGGAAAUCAGUAUAGUGAUUCCUCCCAUUUGGUUUUUGUUUGUUUGUUUGUUUUUACUUCAUGCGUGUGUGUGCUCCAGCUGAUGCUGGGCUGAAUAAGCGCGCCUGGUGCUCUAACGUAUCCACACACACACUGGGACGCACGGCGCAUCUCCAGCAAAGGAGAGGACAGGGUUUGGAGUUUGGACAAAUGGAUUUAACUCUUCAGGCUUCUUCAGCAUUCCACUAAAGCCUUUCUUAAUAUUUAUAUUCACCUUUUAGACGCACAUGCUGACGUUAAAUCCCGUUUUUCUGUUUGUGCGCAACAGAUGAAAGUGGAGUUUAUUUGUUUUGCUGUUUUUUUUUUUCUUUCUUUAGCGCGUUUGGUUUUCGUUAAAGGAAAUGUUCCCCGUCGCUAAAAGGAUAACGGACCUCUAACGAGGACUGGUUUUCUCGGCACAUAUGUGGACCCUAUCCAGGAUGUUACAGUCUAAACGGCCCAGGCAUCAUUGGGCCACGGUACGCUACAACCACCACAUAACGCCACACAGCUGGGCUGCGUCCUGCUACGUUUAGUUUCCGCGCUCCAGCUUCAACCUCCUUUAGGCGGACGAAAACAUUGAAAAAGCAAAGAAGAAAAAAAAAACACCAACGCGUUUUGGUGAACAUUGACAUUGGCUUUACGAGUCUCACCUCUGGGCUACUAUGCAAUUACAACUGAUCGCCUUUGUUCUGAUCAUCUGGAACAGCAUGGAUUACACUGGUUGUCAGCCGCACAGCAGCUCCAGGCACCGGCAGCACAAAGUGAUGAGCGGUGCUAGUUCAGGGUGCCAGCAAGGUGGCUGCCUGACCUGCUCUGACUACAAUGGCUGUCUGUCCUGCAAGCCUCGUCUCUUCAUGCAUUUGGAGAGGAUCGGGAUGAAGCAGAUCGGCGUGUGCAUGACUUCCUGUCCUCCUGGCUUUUACGGCACCCGGUCCCCAGAGAGAAACACCUGUACAAAGUGCAGGUCGGAGUGCGACUCGUGCUUUAACAAGAACUUCUGCACACGCUGCCGAGCGGGGUUCUACCUUCACCUGGGCAAGUGCCUGGACACCUGCCCCGUGGGCAUGGUCCACAGUGAUGCGCAGAGGGAGUGCGUUACCAGAUGCUCUGCAGAGUGCGAAUCGUGUGUGAACAGCGACACGUGUACACGGUGCCGGCAGGGCCUUUAUCAGCUGAAUGGAAGGUGCUACAGUAUCUGUCCAGACGACUAUGAGCCCAACGACGACCUCAUGGAGUGCACACAACAAGUGCACUGUGAGGUGGGCGAGUGGAGCGAGUGGAGCCCCUGCUCCAGGUCGGGCAGAACCUGCGGCUUCAAACGAGGCCAGGAGACCCGCACGAGACAGGUCCUGCAGUAUCCAUCUCCUUUCGGCAAUCCCUGCCCUGAGAUCUCUGACGUCAAAGACUGUCUGGUCAAGAAGAGGAAAUGUCUAGGAGAACCACAGAAGAAGACCAACCGAAAAGACAGGAGGAAUCGCAACAACCGCAAAGACAAGGAGAGCCAAGAGGGACGGAGGGAGAGGAAGAGGGAGCGGGACAGGGACAGGGGCGUGGGCGAACGCGAGGACUCUGACAACAGGAACAAAACGGAGCACAGACACCGCAGAGGCCACGACUCACAGACAGUCUCUCCUGAAGACGGCCUGACGCAGUGAAGCUGGGGACAGACAACAAACGUCCCUUCGCUGUCUUCCCAACCUCCCUGCUCCAUGGCAUCCUCCCCUCUUUGACCCCUCUUUACAGGGGUGUUGCUGCUACGUGGAUGGUUUCAACAGACCGUUUUUACAUCAGCGUUACGGGACACAUUCAUAUAAAAAAAAAAAAGAAAA